ACAACAUCAACAUUAACAAACGCAUCCACACCACCGCAUAUCCAUAUACCCCGAAGAACCCGCGCCAGUCCCGCGGCGCGCUUCUCCCCUCCGUCGCUACUCUCAACCCUCUCGUCCCCGCGCGGUGGCCCCAUGGAAAGCAACCAGAGUGCCGCCCGCGAAGCUCGCCGUUUCCUUACCGACCGAGUACGCGAUGACUGGGCCUGGCCGGACGCGCCGGCAGCAUGGUCCCAGUCCGACGAGGAAGUCCGGAACGCUCUUGAUUUCAGGGAGCGCGAGUACGGCACCACAUCUGGGUCUGACGAAGAAGCCGACCCCGCCGCGGGCGCUGGCGACAAUCCAUACAAAUUCGAUUCACCUGACAGUAUAGCUGUGGCCGUGGAAACCAAGCUGGAGAGCCGCAAGAGGAAGCGGCGGGAGCUUCUGGCGGAAGAGAUGGCGUGGAACGAGGGCGUGGCAUGCUUUGUGCAGCGGAGAGAUGCUUGGACAGGUGCCGCCGCGGUGCAGAAGUCCGGCGCGAGAAAGCACAGAGCCAAGCAUGCACGACUCACAGCUCAGUCCGAUCCGAAUGCCGAAAGCCUCGUCCCUGUUGCUCGGCCUCUCCUAAAACACAACCCCAUUCGGGAAUCUAUCACCAGCAAGAUAUAUCCGGAUAUAUACAACAAAGUCGUCGUCACCUCGCGAACCCCCUCCGUGCCUAUAAACCUCGCCGACAUGACGCGUGCGCUCGUGCAAGGCUGGAAGGACAAUGGGGAGUGGCCUCCAAAAGCCGGUCCUCUGGACCCUCUACCGGGAGGAAGGAGGAAGGUGUCAUCUCUGUUGAGGUCUCCGACCGGGAAGAGUGAGGCUAAGUAUGGCGACGACGAUUUCCUUGCCAAUCAUCCUCACGUGAAGAGAGGUGUGGAAAGUGUGAAGAAAAUAUUCCGUAUGAGCGGAAGUCACAGCGACGUAGCCCCUUCAGGACAUGGACGAAGUGCCAGCGAUGCAGCUCCUUCUUUAAAGGGGCCGACUGUACCGGAUGCUGGAUAAUUGGACCGAAAGGCUACUACCGUCAGCAGCAGGUCAGAAACUUGAAACUAUGCUGUGCUACUUACUUAUACCCGGUGCCUAUAUCCAGUACUGCUUUUCAGCUCCUCCUAUGACCUUGAGGGGCAGACUUCGUUUGGAUCGAGGACGAGAUGUUGUUGAGGAAAGAGUGGGGACACAUUUUGAAUCAUUGGCGCUGAUGAAGGGACUGAAAUACGUUCUUUCACAAAAAUGCCAACCUAGUCUGAAGGAGACUGCACCACCAUUCCCUACCUGUGAAACGGGCUUCGUCAAAGUUUGUGGUCAUUAAUCGAGAGUGGACUGGUGUUAAUCUAGUUAGCUGUAAGUCAAUGACAUCAAAAACUACGGCCAAACAAGUCUCCUCAAAGCGAACUUUUACACAUGAUUGAUCGCCCGUGACAUGUAUGUUCACAGAGGACAAGU